CCGCUGCGCGCCUGGAGCACACACGGAUCGCGGCGCACUCGGUUCAGUCUCAAAUACGCCGCUGGCAAUGACAUUCGCGCACUAGACUACGCGAGGAAAAACCCCAAAAUGACGGUGGACUUUGAAGAAUGUAUCAAGGACUCUCCGCGGUUCAGAGCUGGUAUCGACGAUGUGGAGACGGAGGUGGUGGAGAUCGAGGCCAAACUCGACAAGCUGGUGAAGCUGUGCAGUGGGAUGAUCGACGCAGGCAGAGCCUACGUCACUGCAAACAAACUGUUCGUCAAUGGAAUCAAGGACCUGGGAUCACAGUGCAAGAAAGAGGAGAUGAUCUCUGAUUUCCUGGAAAAGUGUGGUGAGAGUCUCCAAGAGAUUGUCAACUACCACAUGAUCCUGUUCGACCAGGCGCAGAGGUCCAUCAAACAGCAGCUGCACACCUUCAUCAAAGAAGAUGUGCGCAAGUUUAAAGACACAAAAAAGCAGUUUGACCGGGUGAGAGAGGACAUGGAGAUGGCUCAGGUGAAGAACGCCCAAGCUCCAAAAAACAAGGCCCAUGAGGCAGAGGAGGCGAGCCAGGCACUGGUACUGAGCCGCAAGGCCUUUAGGCACAUCGCACUGGACUAUGUCCUACAGAUCAAUGUUCUUCAGGCCAAGAAGAAAUUUGAGAUCCUGGACGCGAUGCUGUCGUUCAUGAGAGCCCAGUAUUCUCUGUUCCAACAGGGUUACACCAUUUUAGACGAGAUCCACCCGUACAUGAACAAGCUCGCCGGACAGCUGGACCAGUUGGUGAUCGACUCUGCGAUGGAGAAGAGAGAGAUGGAGCACAAACAUGCACUGAUUCAACAAAGGACUCUGAUGCAGGAUUUCUCGUACGAUGACCCAAAGCUGGAGUUUAACGUAGAUGCGCCCAAUGGAGUGGUGAUGGAGGGAUACCUGUUUAAAAGAGCCAGCAACGCCUUCAAGACAUGGAACAGACGGUGGUUCUCCAUACAGAACAGUCAGCUGGUCUACCAGAAGAAACUGAAGGACUCUUUGACGGUGGUGGUGGAGGACCUGCGGCUCUGCUCAGUCAAACCGUCUGAGGACAACGAGAGGAGGUUCUGCUUCGAAGUCGUUUCACCCACAAAGAGCUGUAUGCUUCAGGCUGAGUCAGAGAAGCUGAGACAGGCCUGGAUCCAGGCGGUGCAGGCUUCCAUCGCCUCGGCUUAUAAGGACAUUGGAGACAACUAUUAUGCAGAGCGUUUAGACCGAACAGCGUCCCCCUCCACCAGCUCAAUUGACUCCGCCUCCGAGCCAAGGGAAAGGGUUAUGGAGCGCGCUCAGUCCAGAGGGGGGGAGGGGCUUCUGCAGAGGGUCCAGACUCUGCCCGGUAAUGAGGUGUGCUGCGACUGUGGCCAGAGUGCCCCCUGUUGGGCCUCCAUCAACCUGGGCAUCCUGCUGUGCAUCGAGUGCUCUGGCAUCCACAGGAGUUUGGGCGUUCACUGCUCUAAAGUGCGCUCUCUCACUCUGGACUCAUGGGAGCCGGAGUUACUGAAGUUGAUGUGUGAAUUGGGGAACACUGUGAUAAACCAGAUUUAUGAGGCCACAUGUGAUGAGGUUGGAGCCAAGAAACCUGGCCCCGCCUCCUCCAGGCAGGAGAAGGAGGCGUGGAUCAAGUACAAGUAUGUGGAGAAGCGCUUCCUGAAGAAGCUAGGGGGCGCUGCGCUGGUGGAGGCUGAGAGGAAACACCGGCCAUGGACAGUGAAGAAGUGUCAGAGGAGCAGCGGCUCUAUGCGACGUUUGAACAAAACACGCCGGAAAUACAAACGAUACGAACCGGGGAGCGUGAACGCUGCUAAUCUGUCUGCAGCCGCUGCAGCAAAAUUUCGUCGAGAUUCCUUGUUCUGUCCUGAUGAGCUGGAUUCACUGUUCUCGUACUUUGACACUGGCUCUGGCCCCCGCAGUCCGGCCGGUCUUAGUAGCGACUCAGGGCUAGGGGGCAGCACUGAUGGCAGCACAGAUGUUUUAGCUUUUGGAUCUGUUGUGGACAGCGUCACAGAAGAAGAGGAGGAGUCAGAGUCUUCCAGUGGGGAGGUGGAGAUCGAGCAGGAGCCCUCAGACUCAGAGGACCCACGGGAGUUGCACCCAGGUGCCACAUUACACCCAGGGGUGCUCCUGCUCCGAGCCGCUCGUCUGCACAACCUCCCGCUGAUGGCAGAGUCGUUAGCCCACGGAGCCGACGUGCACACAUCCACAGAGGAGGAGGGCAAGACCGCACUCAUACAGGCUGUCAUAGGGGGUUCUCUGAUCGCCUGUGAGUUCCUGCUCCAAAACGGUGCCGACGUAAAUCAGAGGGACAUGAGGGGGAGGGGCCCGUUGCACCAUGCCACCUAUCUCGGACACACUGGUCAGGUGUGCCUGUUCCUGAAGCGCGGCGCGUCUCAAACUGAGGUGGACGAACAGGGGCAUGACCCUCUGAACAUCGCGGUGCAAACGGCCAAUGCAGACAUCGUCACACUACUGCGUUUGGCGCGGAUGAACGAGGAGAUGAGGGAGUGCGACGCUCCUUUGGGGCAGCCAGGUCAAUACCCAAGUAGCAGCCCCACAGAACUACAGUACAAGAAGUGUAUUCAGGAGUUCAUCUGCCUCACCAUAGAUGAAAGCUAGUACACACACACAGUACUACUAAUACUAAUACUACUACUGCUACUGCAUACUGUCUACUCUCACUGCUGGAGAUACCACUACUACCUACCUAGGGCCCUGUACUAUGAAGCACGGUUUGAAUGAUAGAGUUUUACUCCAGAUCAAGAUUCACUAUGUGUUUAAUGCUGGCCUUAAUGUGCAAUUCAAAGCUUUAAACAUGUUUAUAGUUAUUUCCCCUUCUCAUUUACCUUCUCAGAGUUGUAACUGGAGUCAUUCAUGCAUGUUAGAACAAUCUUUAAAUCUCUUAUUUUCAAGACCCCAUAUUGUCGAUCGUCAGCUCCCAUUGGGCCCUGCAGGUUUCUAGCUCGUUCAAAUAACUCAUACUUGUGUUAGUUUCUCAGGUCAAAUUUCAGUCUUUUUGUCCAGAAAUUGCUCAAAAACACCUUGAAAAACAUGCAUUCUUAGAGGAACCGGGGUCAUCUCUCCACAGAUGUGAGCUGUAGCUUCGCCUGAUGAUAUACACUGCUUGUCUCUAUGGUGAUGGAUAAGUUUAAGAUUCCAGGGAAAACAAUAGCAACUCCAUGGAGACAAGUAACGGAAAAGUUACACGCUACAGCUUAACUAAGCGUUAACAAAACCACUUUAUACCAUUAGCACUUCCACGGGCGGCAACCCCUAUUCCGACAUACCGUCACUCCGAUAGACCCCCACUCCGACAUGCUCCCAUUCCAACACUUUUUGAUGCCCCUAUUCCAACAUUUUGAUGCCCCCAUUCCGAUGAACCAGGACUACUCCAGGACUACUCCAGGACUACUCCAGGACUACUCCAGGACUAAACCAGGACUAAACCAGGACUAAACCAGGACUAAACCUGUGCGACCGCCUCCCGUGUCAUUAGAGCAUGCAGAGCUUUACGCACGCUGCUCUCUUGGCACGAGACGGGGUCGCAUACGCCUGAUCUCCCUGCAGUGAGAGCGUGGUGGAGGUGCCAGGUUAAUUAGUGCGUCAAGGAUUGGAAUUUUACUUGGUCGUGGAGGACAUGGCUUACACAGGGACCCAGAAAUAAAAGUUUAUAAAGAGGCGGCUGCAGAGCUGUUUCUCCUCAUGCGCGCACUUAAAGAUGUGAACUUUUACGCAUUCGUUAACCUGGCACCUCCACCGCGCUCUCACUGCAGGGAGGUCAGGCAUAUGCGGCCCUCUCUCGUGCCAACAGAGCAGUGUGUGUAAAGCUCUAAUGGCACCAGAGGCGGCCGCAUAAGGAACAGCGCCUACCAACCCGUGUUCAGCACUAGA